AAUGACAUGGACAAAAAAGAGGUUUCUGCAGGGUCUGCUGUGACCACGAAAAAGAAAGCGAGCAGCAGCAGUAGCAGCCAUAGCAACGCGACUGGGGCCGUGGUUGGCAGCCGUGCUGGUGGGAAUAAUAGCAAAGGCUGCUUUGCGUUCGUUUCCGCUGCUGUCGCCCUGCCCCUACGGUGUCCAAAGCCCAGUGCGGACAGCAGAGCGGUGAUGGAGGAAGCGGAAGACGGCGAAGAGGAGCCAAAAUUCCAGCAGCCAAGACUGCGCCGGGCCGGCGGUAGUGGGAGCAGCAGCGGUGGAGGAGGUGGUGGUAGUAUCAGGAUGAAGAAUUUUACGCCAGGAGGGGGAGCCGUGUCAACAGGGAGCAAGAACUCCAAUAACAAUGAGCUCUGCCUCUCGCAAGGCGAGGGGUCUACACCUUCUGCUGCUACAGGCACCACAACCUCUUUUGCAACUUGCCAGGGAGAUGGUGUUGAACCUGGCAGCACAAACAAAGGGGGAGGAGGGGAUACAGCUACGGGAGUGACCGGGGUAGCUACUAGUGCUGCAGGUGAGGGUAGCAACAGCACGGCUACCAUCACAGGCAUGAAAUGCAACAAAAACGGAGAUUGCAGGAGGGAUACUACAGGGAGCCUGUCUUCUGUUAUCUCUAAGCAGGAAAAGCAGAGUGCUGGACUAGCUGGAACUGAGGACGGGAAAAGGCGAAGUGCCUGCAAUUCAACAACGGCCAGCAUGGACGGAUCGACCACCCCUGCCGGUUCUCUGACACAGGGGCAGGGGGGCGAGACUGCGAGCACCGGCGCCACUCCGGCUGCCUCCGGUGUGUCCGAAAAAAAGGACUCGCGGGUUUCCUUUUCUAACGCACCUAGUAGGAAAGCCUCUUCCUCUGUGCAUGGCGUGGGACAGACUCAGAACCAACCGUCAAGGAAUUCGGUCACAUUUCUCAAGUCCGAGGAUGGACCACAGAUCGUUCCUGAGGAUGGGGACCAGAGAGACAGCCAGACUUUCAUGCAGCGGCAAUUUAGUUCCAUGCUACAACCCGGAGUUAAUAAAUUCUCACUGCGUAUGUUUGGAAGUCAAAAAGCAGUGGAAAGGGAACAAGAACGAGUUAAAUCAGCGGGCAAUUGGAUUAUCCACCCAUAUAGCGAUUUCAGGUUCUACUGGGAUUUCACAAUGCUCAUGUUUAUGGUAGGAAACCUGAUCAUCAUCCCAGUGGGCAUCACUUUCUUCAAGGACGAGACCACCACCCCGUGGAUUAUCUUCAACGUGGUAUCCGACACAUUCUUCCUCAUGGACCUGGUACUCAACUUUCGCACCGGGAUUGUCUUUGAGGACAACACAGAGAUUAUACUGGACCCCAAGAAAAUCAAGAAGAAGUACCUGAAGACCUGGUUUGUGGUGGACUUUGUCUCUUCCAUCCCCGUGGAUUAUAUCUUUCUCAUCGUGGAGAAGGGCAUAGACUCUGAGGUGUAUAAAACAGCCCGUGCACUCCGGAUCGUGCGCUUCACCAAGAUCCUCAGUCUACUGAGGCUCCUCAGACUCUCCAGGCUCAUCCGCUACAUCCACCAAUGGGAGGAGAUCUUCCAUAUGACCUACGACUUGGCCAGCGCUGUGAUGCGGAUCUUUAACCUGAUCGGCAUGAUGCUGCUGCUGUGCCACUGGGACGGCUGCCUGCAGUUCCUGGUGCCCAUGCUGCAGGACUUUCCCUCCGACUGCUGGGUGUCACUCAACAAGAUGGUGAAUGACACAUGGAGCGAGCUGUACUCCUUCGCCCUCUUCAAGGCCAUGAGCCACAUGCUGUGCAUUGGCUACGGGCGGCAGGCCCCUGAGAGUAUGUCCGAUAUCUGGCUGACCAUGCUGAGUAUGAUUGUGGGCGCCACCUGCUACGCCAUGUUCAUUGGCCAUGCCACUGCACUCAUCCAGUCCCUGGACUCCUCUCGCCGCCAGUACCAGGAGAAGUAUAAACAAGUUGAGCAGUACAUGUCCUUCCACAAACUUCCGGCAGACUUCCGACAGAAAAUCCAUGACUACUACGAGCACAGAUACCAGGGCAAGAUGUUUGAUGAGGAGAGCAUCUUGGAGGAGCUCAAUGAACCACUACGAGAGGAAAUUGUCAACUUCAACUGCCGCAAGCUGGUGGCAUCCAUGCCCCUGUUUGCGAAUGCCGACCCCAACUUUGUGACAGCCAUGCUAACCAAACUGCGGUUUGAGGUCUUCCAGCCUGGGGACUAUAUCAUCCGGGAGGGCACCAUUGGCAAGAAGAUGUACUUCAUCCAGCAUGGGGUGGUGAGCGUACUCACCAAGGGCAAUAUGGGCAUGAAGCUGUCAGAUGGCUCUUACUUUGGAGAGAUCUGCUUGCUGACUCGCGGCAGGCGCACAGCCAGUGUCCGGGCUGACACCUACUGCCGCCUGUACUCGCUCUCAGUGGACAACUUCAACGAGGUGCUGGAGGAGUACCCGAUGAUGAGGAGAGCCUUUGAGACCGUGGCUAUCGACCGACUCGACCGCAUAGGGAAGAAGAAUUCCAUCCUGAUGCACAAAGUUCAACACGACCUCAACUCUGGUGUCUUCAACAACCGCGAGAACGAGAUGAUCCAGGAGAUUGUGAAGUACGACAGGGAGAUGGUGCAGCAGGUUGACCUGCAGCGACCGCGGGCCAUGUCUAUGACUCCGCCCAUGCACGGGGGCAUAUUCGCCCCCCCCAGCCAGCCCCAGGUCAGCUCAGCCAUCGCCACGCUGCAGCAGGCCGUGGCCAUGAGCUUCUGCCCGCAGAUAGCCAACCCAAUGGUGGGCCCCGUGGCCCUGCAGUCCCCCAGGAUGGUGCGGCGGUUCCAGGUGGUGCAGAGCCUGUCCAGCCCCGUCUCCAUGUCACCCCUCCAAUCCCAGCAGGCUGCCCAGCCCCCGAUGUCCGGCGGGGCCUUCGCCUCAGCCAUCUCCAGCCCGCCAAUCCAGAGCCCGCUGGCAGCUGGCGGGCGGACAUUCCAGUACAGCUCCAGCCCCAUGGGCGGCCCCUCCGGCUCCCAGCUCUCCCUCGUCCAGCAGCGUGCCCCCAGUCCCACGCAGCGCCCGACCACCCACAAGAGCACCCACUCUUUGCACACCGGCAGCCUGAGCCAAGAUGCCAGGGCCCUGUCAGCCUCCCAGCCCUCCCUCCCUCACGACGGAGCCCAGCCGGCGGCCCCCAGCCCGCCCCAGUCCACCCGUGUCUCUUCCACUUCCAUCGGGCCCCCUCAGACCCUCCCGGGCACACCAGGGGCCUCAGGCUUCAGGAGCGCUGUGCCCCAGAGGGUGGUGCUGCCCCACCAGAUGUCGGUGGGCUCCUUCCCCUGCGCUUCCCUCUCCGGCGUUGCCCCGGGCCUUGGGGCUGCAGUGGGGCCAGGGCAGGCGGACUCGGGAGUGCUCAAGAAAGAUUCAAUAGUGAGCCUCCCCGAAACAGACCCAGCCAGAUCGCGGCUAUCUUCCAACUUGUGACCUUCAGAAAUGUGCGCAGCGAGGGCUUCAAGUUUUGUGAGAUCAGAGGGUUCCUUCCCUCCCUUCUUAUUGCCCCUCCCCCCAUCCCUGUCACACCUUGAAUCUUACAAUCCGAAUGUAUGUUGAGUGUGUGGUGAUGGGGAGAAAGAAAAACUGUAAGACUUGUAUGACUAACAAUAUAAAGUCUGUACAAUUAAUAAUUAAAACAGGUGGGAUGUUUCUACUCUGCCCACACACGUAGAUCCCUAGUGGUAGCACUUCCCCACAUUUUGCCUCUAAUGCCUCCUUAAUUUGCUUUCUUAACUGUAAGUGUAUUCAAAACAUAACUAAUGUACCAGUUACAGUCUGUGUAGAAUCCAAACAAUGCAAACUAGCGUGAGCUGGGACAAAGGGAAAAUCAGGGACCUGCAUCAGAUGACAAUGAUGAAGUUCAGCGCUUUGCAAAAGUGUUUUUCUGUGUCCUUUUUUUCUGUAUAAACAAGCUAAAUACGUAGGUGUUCUACUCAUGACGCAGUUAUAUUAGUAUUGUUUUAGAAAAAGAAAAAAGAAAAAAAGCUGGUGUUUUAGACCGCUGGUCGAUCUUAAAUCGAUAUGUAAAAAAGGGAAAAAGUGGGAGAAGAUAUUGUCAGUCGAAUCUUCAUUGUAUUUCCUCCAGACCAAAGCUGAGCUUGAACACAAUGUUGGGAUGUGUCUGUGUCGACUGAGAAAAGAAAUCACAU